UAAACCCCGCCUCUGUCUUUAACCAGGUUUCUGGCUUCGAAACUAAAGUUGCAGCGCUUCAGCAGGAUCUUUACUGUGGCCGAGGACUCCAGGGGGGUGGGUCCAGAAAAACAUCACAAUGUUCAGAGUACAUGCGGUUGUGACAUCAGUACAACAGAAUGCAGUAUUAAGGAUGGUUCCAUGUGUCAGAAUAUCCAAGAAUCUGGCAUGUUGUCGCCGCGCUGUGGGUGGAGUUCGUUGGAAAAGCAGCCACGGACUCGCCCCCCUAUUGACAGCGUCGCCUGUUCGUGCCCUCAUUGAUGAAAAGAUCAGUAUUAAAGGAAGUUUCCUGCCCCCACACUGUGCUGUCACCCUGUGUGCCCGAAUGCACUCUGAGGAUGGUGACCUGUGGGAGUCAUUUGCCCAUUUUAACACAAAGGCAGAUGGCACCUUCCACUUGACCAGGGAUGAUUCAGUUGGGGGUUCAUAUUUGGGCUGUGACCCAAUGGGACUGUUCUGGGGUCUGCAGCCAGCUCCCGGAGAAAGAGAAGGAUUAAGGCUGAGGAAAAAAAGCGUAGAGACUCCAUACGUGGUGCAUAUGUCCUUGAUGGAGGGCCACGUUUCCCCCCGUGAGGAUCAGAGCACAGAACUGGCUGCAUUAACCACUGAGCGCUGGUAUAUGGCACCGGGCGUAAGGAGAAUAGAGAUUCGGCAGAAUGGACUAGUAGGAACAUUGUUUUUACCGCCCGGGCGAGGACCAUUUCCCGCCAUGUUGGACCUUUGGGGAAUAGGCGGAGGACUGGUGGAGUAUCGCUCUGCCCUGUUUGCAUCCAGGGGCUAUGCUAGCUUGUCCCUCGCCUACUUUGGGCACAAAGACUUGCCAGGUCCUCAGAACCAAAUGAAUGUCGGUGAUUCUUAUUUCAAGACUGCUUUCCAACUACUUCAAGAUCACCAUCAGGUCUGUGCCAACAGGAUUGGGAUCAUUGGCACCUCCUUUGGAGUCUAUCUCACUCUUCAACUUGCUACUCAGACCGGUGUCAAACCAUCUUGUUUGAUUUGUAUCAACGGCCCAGUAGGAAAUGGCUUCAGGCACCAAGAAGCAGAUUCAGAUGGCAUGGAUGGAAGAGUACUCAGUUCAGUGAAAUAUUGGACUUGUGAUGAUCAAGGCAAUGUCAGUUUUAAAAUCUUCUCCUUACCCGAAAACAUGAUCCCUGAGAGCAAAGUUAAGGUAGAAGAUGUGGCCUGUCCCUUGAUGUACAUAGAGGGUAUGGAUGACCUGAGCUUUUCAAGCAAAGAGAACGUGGACCUGAUUAAGGAGACCCUGGACACUGUGGGUAAAUCCCAUCUAUUCACCCACCUGUCAUACCCCGGUGCUGGUCACCUGAUUGAACCUCCUUAUGCACCAAAUACAAGAAUGUCGCUGUGGAGGGUCAAGCCAAAUAAACUGUUUGUUCAGUGGGGAGGUCACCAUGCACAACACGCUGCUGCACAAGCAGAUUCCUGGAAGAAGAUUCUGGAUUUUAUGGAAAAACAUCUGAGAUAGAAAAACACCCUAAAUGUUACUUGGAAGUUCUGCAUUUCUAUGAGCAAGCUUUACAUGCAGAAAAAAACAGCAAAAAAAAACACUAACUCUUUUGUCUCACAUAGGGGUGCUGUUUGCUCUCUGUUACCCUGUAGCACUGUGGCAGCUGAAUGGUUUUUACACAGACUCUUGAUCUGGUUAACCACUUCCCCCUGUUUCCUGUUUGUCUCCUAGCUUUUAAGACUCUAAUAACACCUCAAAAUACCUUCCAAACAUAAGCUGUAAAAUUGAAAAGAAAGGGAGAGAGAGAGAUAUUGAGUUGUGACAAUCAAAAUAUUGAUGUAAUCUGAGAAAAAACGUUUAAAUACGAUUUAAGUGCUAUGAUUAUUUGCCCUUGCUUGUACCUAUCAGAUCUGUCUCGUGUCCGUAGGUGUUAAAUUAACUGUGCUGAACUGCUGAUUCAGAGGUGCAGGUAUUCUGUGGGUGUCUGUCCUUGCGGUUUCCAUUUGUUUAAAUGACAUUGUGUACUUGUAGUUAAUGCAGAAACAUUGUAAAACACUCUAUGGUUACUUUAUUGGGAUCAUCUUUACUAGUAUAUGUUUCUUUUCACAUUUACAUGUCAUGUCUACUGAACCAACAAUCUAAUAAAGAUCCAUUGCUAAAGUUA